AUGGAAAACUCCACUUUAAAGCAAGAAGAAGAAAACCAAGAGCCUGGAGAAGCAGAGAAGCCAUGGGAAGGAGCGGCAGCAGCUUCUCCCCUGGAUCCCGGUCCCCUGUCACCUGAGUACCUGGAAAAGGAGCAAAGGUCAGACACUGAAACCCAAGGCACAAUGAGCCCCUCUUUGGGCCGCCAAUCUAGAGCCAGCCUGUCUCUUGGAUACCUCAUGGGACCAGAAGUGCCAUUCUCCCCUCCUGUGCUUCCGCUGGAGUCUCACUUCGGUCCUCCCCCGACUGCAUCUACCCAGGACCCUGUGGCUUCAUCACAGGCAAAGAAGAACCCCGGUGGGAUUCCUGGCACUGCAACACCACCUCACUCUGAGGCUUGGGAACCAUAUUCUGCUGCAAGACAAUUAUCUUUUUACUACACAAGCCAAACAGAGGAAUGCACCUCUGCACCCUCUCAGCCACCCCAGUUUGACUUGUGUAGGCCAGGGGAUGCCAGCCAUAACAAGCCCAAGCCCAAAGGGCUGAGAUUCAACCUUUUACAGGAAGAAGACUCAAACAGUAACUGUGAUUCAGACGAACCUGAGUUUGAAGCUAAUAAAGCAGCUCCCAGUAUGCUUGAGGUGGCUAUUCAAAAUGCAAAGGCAUACCUACUGAGCACCAGCAGCAAGUCUGGUUUAAAUCUAUAUGAUCAUCUUUCUAAUGUGUUGACCAUGAUAUUAGAGGAGCGUCCUGCAGAUGCUGUUGACAUCAUUGAAAAUAUAAGCAAAGAUGUGAAGAUGGCAAAUUUUAAUAAAAAGUUAGAUACACUCCACAAUGAAAAUGAGAUGCUUCCAGCAUAUGAAAUAGCAGAGAAGCAAAAGGCUCUUUUUCUCCAGGGACCAUUGGAAGGAGCUGAUCAAGAACUGGAGGAGGAAAUUGCAGAAAGCUCUCUACCCAAUGUGAUGGAGUCAGCGUACUAUUUUGAACAAGCUGGAGUUGGUUUGGGGACAGAUGAGACUUAUCGGGUGUUUCUUGCCCUCAAGCAACUUACUGAAACACACCCAAUCCAAAGAUGCCGCUUCUGGGGCAAGAUCUUGGGUCUGGAAAUGAAUUAUAUCAUUGCUGAAGUAGAAUUACGUGAAGGGGAAGAUGAAGAGGAGGUGGAAGAGGAAGGUGUAGCUGAAGAAAGGGACGAUGUAGAAAGUGAAGCCGGGGAAGGCGAGGAGGACGAAUUACCAAAGUCCUUGUAUAAGGCCCCACAGGUGAUACCCAAGGAAGAAAACAGAACAGGUACAAACAAGUACAUCUAUUUUGUUUGCAAUGAGCCUGGAAGGCCAUGGGUGAAGUUACCAUCAGUGACGCCUGCUCAAAUUGUUACCGCAAGAAAAAUCAAGAAAUUUUUCACUGGACGACUAGAUGCGGCCAUCAUAAGCUACCCACCCUUCCCAGGAAAUGAAAGCAAUUACUUAAGAGCACAAAUUGCCCGCAUUUCAGCAGGGACCCAUGUCAGUCCUCUAGGAUUCUAUCAGUUUGAUGAAGAGGAAGGAGAAGAAGAAGAAGAGGUGGAAGGUGGCCGAGACAGCUAUGAGGAAAACCCCGAAUUUGAAGGCAUCCAAGUGACUGACCUGGUGGAAUCUCUAUCCAAUUGGGUUCAUCAUGUGCAGUACAUUCUUCCUCAGGGUCGCUGUACUUGGUUCAAUCCUAUACAAAAGAAUGAGGAAGAGGAAGAAGAAGAGGAUGACGAAAAAGAAGACAAAGGAGAAGAGCCUGACUACAUAGAACAGGAAGUGGGGCCUCCUCUUUUGACACCAAUCUCUGAAGAUUUAGAUAUUCAGAAUAUACCCUCUUGGACAACACGGCUGUCCUCAAAUCUCAUUCCACAGUAUGCUAUUGCUGUCCUUAGAUCCAAUCUUUGGCCUGGAGCAUAUGCCUUUUCCAAUGGCAAAAAGUUUGAAAACAUCUACAUAGGCUGGGGUCAUAAGUAUAGUGUGGAGAAUUACACACCCCCAGGCCUGCCACCAGUAUACCAAGAAUACCCCAGUGGACCGGAAAUUACAGAAAUGGAUGAUCCCAGUGUGAGUGAGGAACAGGCUUCCAGGGCCACACAGGAGGCCACUGUACUUUCAGCUGAGGAGAAUGAAGAAACUGAUGAUGAAGAUGAUGACAAUGAUGACUAACACGAAAUUAGCCCAGUCUGAUGUGGCACUGACACACACAAAUCUUUUACGGAGACUCAUUUUAUAUACAUACAUAUAUUUUGAAAAUACAUAUAUGUGUAUGUUAGAAAUGAUG